GUAAUUACUUCUCUCUGUUUCUGAGAGCAAAACAGAGGUGUCGUCAGAGUGCUCUCUGCCGUAAGAGACUUUGCAUGGGAUGAGCCGACCGAUAAGGACUUGUAAUUCAGAUGGGGUGGGUGACCUCUUUGGUCCUCUGGUUCAUCUGUCUCCUUUCCUUUAUUGUUGUUCUGACUGUACAGUGAUGCUGUUUCUUCCUAGAUUCCUCGAACGCCAGACCCUUCUCUCCAAUGGUGUCUUUCUGUAAUUUCCUCUCCCUCUUAGAGUCAGAAAUUUACGGCCUGGAGGCCCUUGACUGAUAAAAAGUGUUGGCCCUUUAAUUCAAACUAAUAGUUUCUUAAGGGAUCCCAAGAAAGAAAGAAAAAAAAAAAAAUCUCAAAAUUCAUUUCAGUUCUGCUCUCUGUAGUUUUUAGCCUCUGUUCUUCUUUCCCACUUCCCUCUCGGCUUUGUUGCAUUUUCUCUGCAAGAGCUUCUAAAUUCGAAUCUUUAGUUGGGUUUCUGCUUUUGUUUUUUGUAGAAUUGCUUUUAUGUUAUCUGGGUCUGGUUGAAUUGCCAUCGGUGUUGCGCUGAGGUAGUGUGGCUUCUUUCUGUGGGCUUUUAACAUUUAUCAAGUCUCUUUUACUUUGUUUUAAUCGUACUUUGCUGCUUCAUGCUUAUGAAGUUAUGCAUUUCUUCAGCAAAAGCUUCGGGAUUAGGGUUCGUGAUCGGUUGGUGAGAGUGCAAAUGUUCCGUUUUUAACUUUUGCUUUUCUAUCCUUGAUUUUUUCUGUUCUCAGCUUUUGGCCUUUUACUUCCUCUCUCUCUUGCCGAUGAAGCUUUAAAAUCUAGGGCCUCAUAAGCUGUUAAGAGUUCAAAGUUGUAGCUUUAAUUUGAGCCCGUUGUCUUGAAAUUUGAAAUCCUUUUUGCUAGUUGAUUUGGUGCUAGUUUAACUCUUAAACAUCUGGGGAAACGUCUUUGUUUGAUUGGCAGAGCUUGUGCUUCUAUGUUUUUCUUUUCACUAGUUCUCUCUAGAUUCCUUCACUUCUCUGUGUUUCGCAUUUCUCUUUUGACGUUUCAGUUCAAUUUUGUCUUUCACCUUCGAUCCGAAAAAUAAAAAGUAAAAGAAGCAUUUGAUCUUUUAUUUUAUCUCCGUUACUUCCGUUGAAGUUCGAAUCUACGAUCUUCUACUAUUCAUUCCCGAAGCUGUCUUGUCUUUCUUCUGUUUGGGUUUUAGAAUCUUCAGUUGCAAAGCUUUGAAUUUCGCGGCUUCUGACUCAAACCUUCAACUGCAUUUGGUGUUUGGAUUAUAAAUCGCACUCUGAUGGAAGCAUUUUCCAUGGAAUUUUAGUAUCAUUACAUGAAAGGAUUGUGCUUUGGUUCAGAAUCAAGGCACGAUCUAGUCCUGUUUCCAAAUGCUCUUCUAGUUUCAUUUUGAUGGUUCCUUCCUGCUGAGUUACAUUGAAAUUUCACAUACCCUUUACCCAAUACAAAUAUCUCUAUCGAAAUCCCAGUUGCGGAAUUGCGUUUCGUUCAGAUCCUAGUCUGUUGAUUCCUUUUGAGUCAACUCUUGUGAAGAGACUAGUUGGAUUAUCUAAAUCUUAGUAGGUUUAGUCAUUAACAAAUUGCGCCAGUACCUGUUUAAUCAGUUCAUAAAGUAAAUGCAUGGACGGGAGAGAAGCCAUGGCGUUACCUGGGUCUGCAUCGUAUUAUAUGCAGCAGCAGCAGCAGCAGCUGAGAGGAGCAGCUGGGUCGGGGCCUGGAGCUCAGAGCGGGUUGCAUGGACCACCUGGUAUUCGUCCAUUGUCUAAUCCAACAAUGCCACUGCAAUCACAUAUUGGUAGUAGUUCCGUUGGCUCGGCCCUCCAAGUAGAGGCCUCGUCGGCCAUUUCACCUCAUAGCAGUAACGUGAGUGUUCCAGGUUCAACUGGGGCGCCGCAAGGAGAGCCUGUGCGGAGGAAAAGGGGUAGACCUCGGAAGUACGGCCCUGAUGGCACCGUGUCGCUGGCACUGUCUCCCCUGUCCUCCUCUGCUCCUCCAUCCUCCUCGAUCUCACCAACCCAGAAGCGAGGUAGAGGGCGGCCACCCGGGACUGGCAGGAAGCAACAAUUAGCUUCUCUUGGUGAAUGGCUGUCUAGUUCUGCUGGAAUGGGUUUUACCCCACAUAUCAUCACUGUUUCAGUUGGGGAGGACAUUGCUACAAAAAUAAUGUCAUUUUCACAACAAGGGCCUAGGGCUGUGUGCAUUCUUUCAGCCAAUGGUGCUGUGUCUACAGUGACACUCCGUCAGCCUGCAACUUCUGGAGGGACUGUCACAUACGAGGGUCGUUUUGAGAUAUUAUGUUUAUCAGGAUCUUAUAUGCUCACUGACAAUGGUGGCUCCCGUAGCCGAACUGGUGGUCUUAGCAUCUCCCUUUCUAGUCCUGAUGGUCGUGUCAUUGGUGGUGGAGUAGGAGGAAUGCUUGUUGCAGCAAGCCCAGUUCAGGUGAUCGUGGGUAGUUUUGUUUAUGGUGGUUCAAAGGCAAAGAACAAGACAGGGGCUGGUCCAGAAACAGGUGCAGAUUCUGAACAGCCAACGGGUGAUAAAUUGGCUGCACCAACAAAUGCCUCUCCCAUUCAAACACUGACCCCUACUUCUGCAAUGACUGGGUGGCCUGUUGUCGGGUCUCGCCCGAUGGAUAUGAGGAAUUCCCACAUUGAUAUUGACUUGACACGCGGAUGACAGUUUCAGCAAUGUAUGUGGUGCAUGUGUAUAUGUAAAGGUGGAAAUGUAAGCUAUCUUGUUUCAGACUCUUCCCAUUUGCCUAACAAAGUGUUUAUGUCCUUGUGAUUUGGUUGUCUGGCUCACUCGCUUGUAUCUGUGGGCCUAUAUGAGAACCGUCCAUGGACAUGUCCUAAUCGAAUGAAUUUACAAAUCUUAGUUUUA